UUUUCUUUUUUUUUUUACCAUUGUAGCUAAAUAACCCUUAAUUAUUUAACUAAAGCAAAUGGGAGAGGCACAGAUAUUUGCCUUUUUUUCCUCCAAAAGUUAGUUUACCAAAUUUAACAACAGUUUUUUAUAAAGGAUAUUAUUGAUUAGAACUUUGACACGCUUCACUGCUGUUGACGUCACGAACAAGAUCUCUGCUGCCCUCUGGUGCCGAGAAUAGGCAUCGCACGGCUGCUUCUGGGGAAAGAGAUUGUAUAAAACCAUGGGUCGAUUCAUUAAUUCUUGUUUACACCGGAAGUCGGUGUGUUGGUGUUCCUUGGCAACCCGAGAGUCCUUAGCAACCACUGUGGAGCAUGCAAGCUAAGCAAUGGGAAAGAAAACGCGUGUAAAUAAAAAUAUUCGGCAGAAAGUGUGUAAAGAUUCUGAGGCAGAGCAGCGUAGACCUUCCAGUGUCCAGCUAGCAGACAGCACCUCAGUGAGUAUUCUGCACAGCAUCAGUCUGCCGUCACUCACCUAUUCUAUUACCAAUGCCAAGAAUAAUGAUGAUCAAGAAGCCAUGUCUGGAAAAACUCUCCUCCCAUCAGAAGCUGAUCAAACAUUGUUAUCUCAUCCUGUCUUGGCUGUGUUGGAGACAACAAUCUUUCCGGUGCUUCUACCUGGACUGGAGGCUUUGCUAAAGGAAGCACGGAAACGCGGCUGUUAUAAGAGGAAAUUCACAUCAUUCCUCCCUCGCGACUUCCUGACGGAGUGGCUCUACAAUCAUAAUCCUUGCAGACGGGGACAGGUUCCAGUGAAAUUUCAUGACAUCCCCUUUGUUAAGGAUUGGCUCAGCGUACACCCCAGGCCUCCCAUCCCUUUAUUUUUGCAGCUCAGUAAAGCUCAAGCUGCUCUCCUCAUCCAAGCUUUUUGGCGAGGAUAUAAGAUCAGGGCCCGUCCAGAUGUGCAGGAGUUGCGUCGAUGGCAAACGGAGCUAAAGGAGAAGCGGGACAUUGCCAAAAUUGUCAAACAGUUUUGGGCACAACAAGAGAGGCGGGCAAGGGGUUACACGGCUGCAGAAACACCACGUUCAGCUCAGUGGAGCUUUGAUGAAAGCAUUGAGGAAUACUGCAAAUGAAGGAGUGGAAGAAUGUCUGCAGGGCUCAGGGUGUCUUUGUGUGAUGGAGAUGGUGGAGGGUGGGGGCUGGGAUGGGAAGAAAAGAGAAGAAACGCAGAGUGAGGAGGCGCAGGAGGAAUAUCAGACGGCGUGCGUUUUGUGUGCACACAUGAAGGACAGAGUGCAGCAGCUGAGAAUGCCCGCCAUCCAGCACCGACUGGCAUGAGCUCUCAAGGAUGGUGACUAAACUUUGUCCUUGAGAAUACAAGCACUGAGUGGUUCAAGCAAUUCUGAACCUUUAUGAUGAAAGUCUUCAAAUAAGAACUAGCUCAAGA